CUCGGACGCGGAACGCGGGAGGAAACCAGACGUUUCAGCGGACUGUCGAUUAAUAAUAGAUAUCCUAAUGGUUAUUUGUACGCCGGCAAUAGCGUUUGAGUUUUCAAUUUUUAUAUGCAACUAUAGUAGAGAGAUUUGACAUUUGACUAUCUAGUACUUGCACGGUUAAUUGUUUAGUGGCGACUCGACUAAACAAGUGAUACCUAGGUGUUGGCACAUAGUUCUAUAGUUGUACUUCGCGCAAGUAAGAAGUUAACAAUAAUGGCAGAAGCUCAAACAAGUAACAAACCUGCUGACGAUUCAAAAACAAGUUCUGAAGGAAAGCAGGGAGAAGAAAAGAAACCAACAUGCAUUGUUGUACUUGGAAUGGCAGGCUCUGGCAAAACGACAUUCGUAUCAAAAUUAGUGUCUAAACUUUAUGACACUGGAAAGCCCUAUGUGAUCAAUUUGGAUCCUGCUUGUAACGAAGUUCCUUAUCCUGCGAAUAUAGAUGUAAGAGACACUGUAAACUAUAAAGAAGUCAUGAAGCAGUAUAAAUUGGGACCAAAUGGAGGAAUCGUCACAGCCUUGAAUUUGUUCUCUACCAAAUUUGAUCAAGUUAUAGAACUUGUCAAGCAGGCAGGAAAAGAUCACGAGUAUGUCGUAAUCGACACACCAGGCCAGAUUGAAGUAUUUACUUGGUCAGCUAGCGGUUCCAUUAUUACAGAAGCAUUGGCAUACCACUUUCCCACAACUAUUGUUUAUGUUAUGGAUACAGUCAGAAGUGUGAAGCCUGUUACAUUUAUGUCCAACAUGCUCUAUGCAUGUUCUAUUCUGUACAAAACCAAUAAGUUGCCUUUGGUUGUGGUUAUGAAUAAGAUUGAUGUGGUGGAUCACAGCUAUGCUCUUGAAUGGAUGCAAGAUUUUGAAGCCUUCCAAGAAGUUCUCGAUAAUGAAACUACAUACAUUAGCAAUUUAACGCGAAGUAUGGCACUUGCACUUGAUGAAUUUUACAACAAACUCCAUAUUUGUGGAGUUUCAUCUACAGAGGGAACGGGCAUUGCCGACUUUUUGCAACUCGUUGAAGAAGCGAAAAAGGAGUAUUUCAAAAAAUACAGAGUGCGCUGGCAAAAAAAUAGGGAUAAGCAUUUAAAGUUGCAGCAAGAGAAAAAAGAAAAGCAGUUGCUGGAUGCUGCCAAAGCUACAGCUGGAGAAAAUGUGCCUCUUAUUACUACAGUCAGCAGUGGUAGAGAAAUAGCAGAUAUUUAUCUGAAACACCCUGGCAAUGAAUCUAGUGAAGAUGAAGAGGGCACAGAAGAAGGUCCAAAAGUUGAUGAGGAUGAACAAAAAGAAGCAGAAUCGUUUGCAAAUUUUCUGGAAAAACAUAAAACAGAGCAAGAUAAAAGAAAUACUGGUUAACAGCCUAAUAGCAGUAACAAGGAUGGUUUUGUCUUUUAAUAUAAAAUAAAUUUUUAUUAUAUUUUUUAUUACAAA